AUGGUUUUUUCUUCGUUUCCCACUUAUUCUGAUUCAUCAAACUGGCAACAACAACAUCAACCAAUCACAAGCACCGUUGGAUUCACGGGAAACAACAACAUCAGCCAGCAAUUCCUCCCUCACCACCCCCUCCCACCGCAACCGCAACAAACACCUCCACCGCUUCACCACAACGGUAACGGUGGUGGUCCCGGCGGACCUGGCGGAUUAGUCCGGCCAGGUUCGAUGGCCGAAAGAGCAAGGCUAGCCAACAUACCACUACCUGAAACAGCCUUGAAAUGUCCAAGAUGUGACUCAAGCAACACCAAAUUCUGUUACUUCAACAACUACAGCCUCACUCAGCCUCGGCACUUCUGCAAAUCAUGCCGCCGUUACUGGACACGUGGCGGCGCUCUAAGGACCGUUCCCGUCGGUGGAGGAUGCCGAAGAAACAAAAGAACCAAAAGCAGCAGCGGUGGUGGUGGCGGCGGUAGCAGCAGUAGCGGUAAUAGCAAGUCACAAGACAGCACCACAAGCAACGACCAAUACCACAACAACCGAGCCAUGUCUAAUAAUCAGAUGGGACCACCGUCUUCGUCGACCUCCCUGAGCUCGUUGCUGUCUUCUUACAACGCCGGAUUAAUCCCCGGACAUGAUCAUAACAACAACAACAACAACAACAUACUUGGACUUGGAUCAUCUUUGCCUCCUCUCAAGCUAAUGCCUCCUUUAGACUUCACUGACAACUUCACCUUACAAUACGGUGCCGUUUCAGCUCCUUCUUAUCAUAUGGGCGGUGGAAGCAGCGGGGGAGGAGGAGCGGCGGCUCUUUUGACCGGGUUUGACCAAUGGAGGUUUCCGGCAACUCAUCACCAACUUCCUUUGCUGGACAAUUCUUCAUCUUCCGGUUUAUACCCGUUCGAAAAUCAACAUCAAACGGGUAUGGAGCAGCAGAAUCCGGGUUACGGAUUAGUCACCGGGUCGGGUCAGUAUAGACCUAAGAACAUUUUCCAUAACCUUGCUUCCUCUUCUUCUUCUCCUUCUGCUUCAUCGGCUAUGGUUACAGCCACCGCUUCGCAAUUAGCUUCCGUGAAGAUGGAAGAUAGUAACAAUCAACUCAACUUGUCUAGACAACUUUUUGGAAACGAGCAACAGCUUUGGAGUAUUCAUGGAGCUCCAGCAUCAACCGCAGCCGCAACAACUAGUUCGUGGAGUGAUGUCUCUAAUAACUUCAGCUCUUCUUCAACUAGCAAUAUCUAA